CCUCUCGCCUCUCUCGCCUCUUUCUCUCCCGCUCUCCUCCCCACCCCACUCUCCUCUCCCUCAAAUCCUCCCCGCUUCUACGAAACCCUAGCCCCCGAUCGCUUCUCGUAGCAUCUUCCAUGGGCGUCGAGGCCCCCUCCAAGUCCCCCACACCCUCCUUCCUCGAUCGGAUUCAGAGCGAGUCCCGCAUCCUCCCCUUCGUCAAGUACCAGGGCCUCGGCAACGACUUCAUCAUGGUGGAUAAUAGGGACUCGUUGGAGCCUAAGGUUUCACCGGAGCAGGCAAUUAAGCUCUGCGAUCGGAACUUCGGCAUCGGUGCUGAUGGUGUCAUCUUCGUGAUGCCCGGGACCGACGGCACGGAUUAUACCAUGAGGAUCUUUAACUCUGAUGGCAGCGAGCCUGAGAUGUGUGGUAAUGGAGUGCGUUGCUUUGCUCACUUCAUAUCUGAGCUUGAAAAUUUUCGUGGGACACGAAGAUUCACUGUCCACACUGGUGCUGGUUUGAUUAUUCCUGAAAUACAAAAUGAUGGGCAGGUGAAAGUAGACAUGGGUCAGCCUAUACUAGCGCCGCAGGAUAUUCCCACCAAACUUCCGGCAAACAAAGGUGGAGCUGUUGUUAAAGCUGAAUUGGUAGUUGAUGGUGUGACAUGGAAUGUGACAUGUGUUAGCAUGGGCAAUCCUCAUUGUGUUACAUUUGGUAUGAGAUCACAGGUUCUGCAGGUAGAUGAAUUGAAGCUGGAACAAAUUGGCCCGAAAUUUGAGUACCAUGAAAUGUUCCCUUCUCGCACUAAUACAGCAUUUGUGCAAGUUUUCUCUCGUUCACACCUCAAAAUGCGUGUUUGGGAGCGCGGUGCAGGAGCAACACUUGCCUGUGGGACUGGUGCUUGUGCAGUUGUUGUGGCAGCAGUUCUCGAGGGGCAUGCUGAAAGGAAAUGUGUUGUUGAAUUGCCGGGCGGACCUUUGCAGAUCGAGUGGAGGGAGGAAGACAAUCAUGUUUACAUGACCGGCCCUGCUGAGGCGGUUUUCUACGGAUCGGUCCCUCUCUAAGCCGCCCUCUUCUCGACUAACUUAACACCACAUCUUUCGAAUUAAGAUGGGCUGUUCGCUUGUUGAAAGUUUCUUUCGCAGCAUUUGUGUUAUGUACUGAAGAGAUACUAUCAGUUUCGGUAUUUAUUUUCGGAUGCAUCGCUUUUGUUUUGUGUUCUAUGCUGUAAACUAUUGAAUUUGAUCUUUUGUAAGGUAGUGCAUGCUACUUUCAGUAAGAGCUAAGGACUAUUAAGACCACCUUCUUUACCAAA